AAAUUAAAAAACCAAAUGAAUUUUGUAGUGUGGGGGCAGAGAAGUGAUGACGAGAGUAUCUAUGACUCUUGGUCUGACGAUGAUGGAGAUAGCACGCACAAGUCAAGGACUACAAAGAAAGCACAGCGAACACUGGUCCAACCUUCUUUGGCACAGAUGUGUUGCAAUUUGCAGCGGGUUGCUGAUGCAGAAAUGCAGGAGGCUCUGGAAUGGCUGAAGGUAUCGCUACAGGAAGUGUUGGAUGAUCUGGACGACAAUGGAGAUGAUGAGGAAGGCAUUGCCUUAUUGCCUCUCACUGCAUCUUGUAUACAGGCAAUGGAUAAUCCCACCUUUCUCCAGCUGCUCGAUAUAUUGUCCAUUGACAAACCAACAGAUCAGGAAACGUACUGGAGGAUACCUGGACGUUGGAAGGCAGCUGAUUUAAACCAGACGAAUUGGUCUGAUAAAAGAUGCCCUGGAGGGGACAUUGCCUAA